CUUAUUCCCGAUUCUAAUCCAUGUUGACCUGCGGCUAUUACAAUUUUUCUGCUCUGGAGACCACAACAUGGAGUAUUUAAGGUGGUGGCUGAACUGCUGCGUUACAGUACGACAGCAGACUCCCUUAGUUCAUCGUGAACAAUGUCCUGUUUUUUAAUGUGGUUUUUACUUCUGUUUAUUACGUUAAGUGCUCAGGAUCCUCGAAGAUCGCAGUUUCAUCAAGGUCAUGACAUACGGUUGUUCAGAAAAGGUGAUGGUGAUAACGUUAGUGGCGAAUGUGAAGGCGACAACUGCGUAUUGAAGAGAUUCGUGGUGGAAGAUGUGGGACCGUUUUGGGCUAAUAGAGGAAAAAGGGAUCCCACAUACAUGAGUGAAGCUCUGUACGCCGAAGAACCGUAUUGUCUUCUCAUCAGAGGAGAGAACUAUCAGCCAGAUGAUCCGUUCUUUAUAUCCAGAGGGAAAAAAGAAGUCGGAAAUGUGUUGGAAACCCAAUUAAGAGAUACUAGAGAUGUUUUGGCGGAUGAUGCACCGUUUUUCGCAGCGCGAGGAAAAAAGUAUAGAAUCAGACAUUAAUGAAUUUAUAACGCAGAGAUUUUUCUUCUUUAUCAAUCACUAAUAGUUAAUAAAUAAACAAGAGUAUUUGUUAAUAUUUUUUCUUCAAAAAUUAUUCACUCCUGUUGGCUUUCCUUUUAUAAGCUAUAAUUUUAAUUUUGCUUGCUUAAUUUCAGAUUUAUUUUAAAUAAUAAUAAACAAUUUGAAA